UCAAAUGAAAAAAUAAAUGAUAACGAGUCAUUAACUUAUUCUGAACCACCAUAUUCACCAUCUUCUUCAAGCGAUUCACCUUAUAAUUCGGAUUCCUCUUAUGAACCUGAUGAUAAGUUCGAUUUGAGUUCAGAACAAUUGGAGGAAUUAAGAGAGGCUUUUGAAACAUUUGAUACAGAAAAAACGGGUGAAAUGGAAACAAAAAAUCUUAAAGUUGCCAUGAGAAUUUUAGGAAUUGAAAUUAAAAAGGAUGAAAUUAAGAAUUUAUUGGAACAGUAUGAAUUUGAUGAGAAUGAAAAUAUAUCAUUUGAAAAUUUUUGCAGGCUCAUGGCAAUUAAAAUGUCUGAAAGAAAUUUAGAUGAAGAAUUUUUAAAGAUAUUUAAAUUAUUUGAUGAUGAUGAUACAGGCAAAAUAUCUUUUAAAAAUUUAAAAUGUGUUGCUAAAGAACUUGGAGAAGAAAUAAAUGAUGAACAGUUGCAUGAAAUGAUUGAAGUGGCAGAUCUUAAUGGCGAUGGUGAAGUUGACCAGGAUGAGUUUAUUCAAUUAUUGAAAAGAGCAAAUUUCUAUACAUAA